UGUCUUAUUUAAAAUAAUGCACUGAGAAUUCACGUAGAAGGUAUUGCAUUCAUUCUUUCCGCUUUCAAAACUGUAAACUGUUCAAUUGUGUAUCUUAAAGUAAGAAUGUUCAUGCAAAUAGUCUUUCAUGCAUCUCUUUCUUAUUUACUUGCUCUAGUCUAUAAUCUUUAUAAAAGAUUAAUUAAUUAAUUCCGUCAUAAAAGUGAAUCUGUGUCUAUCAGUAGCAACAUGCAGGAGCAGGAAAAGUGUGUCAGUGAGUGUCGUUCAGUGUGCCAGAGGUACAGAGAAACCCUGGUUGCUGGUCUGUCUCAUGAUCAGGUAUUUAUAGCAGGGGAGGUAUAAAUAGCCCCAGAAUGGAGAAAAACGGAUCCCCUUUAAACCACGAAGGACGCCAUAGCCACAUUACAGCCUGAUUACGAAAGCUGGAGAGAUCCCCACUAGAGAGACUGCAAGAGGCCUGGACAUGCACUUUGACGAACUAGGAUAUGAAGGGGACGACUAUGAGGAUGUGGACACUCAAUACAUGAUUGAACAGAGUCUUCUGGAAUGUAACAAGCAGAUUGAAUCGCAGGAUUCCAGCCUAGGGGAUGAGUGCAGUCAAGAUAUAACAGAUAAUGUCAAAAUCUUCUCCGCCAUCAGAAAAGGUGACGAAGCAGCUCUCCGCCAGCUGUCUGUCAGCCAGAGUGCUUUCUCUGAAGUGGACAACAGAGGCUGGAUCCCCCUACAUGAGGCCGUUAGUCAGAAGAACCAAAAUAUUCUAGAGGUCACCUUUGCAGCGUCGAGUCAAAAUGCAGUGCAAUGUCGGACCGUCCGGGGAAAGACACCUCUGUUCCUGGCGGUGGAGCGAGGUCUGAUAGAGAACGCCACCUUUCUGCUACAGAAUCAUUCCAGUUCUGACUGCCAGGAUGACGAAGAGGACUCACCGCUAGUUAUAGCUAUCAGAAACGAUCGUCUGGACCUGGCCAAGCUCCUACUGGGGUUCGGUAGCAAUGUGAACCUGGAGGGAUGUCACAGCAGGACCCCCCUCCACGAGGCUGCCAAGCUGGGACGGGAGGACUUUGUGGAGCUGCUUCUCAGCUCUGGGGCCAACCCAGACGCCAGGUCCGACUAUGGGCUCACACCCCUGGCCCUUGCCGCUCAGUGUGGGCAUGUGAAGGUAGUCCAAGCCCUCGUCCAGAAAGGAGCCAACGUGGAGUCUAUGGCCCAGGAUUAUGCCACAAUCCUAUUUGAGGCAUCUGCCUCUGGCAACCCUGAGAUUAUCUCUCUGCUGUUGGAGUAUGGAGCUGAUGCCAAUGUCCCCAAACACACCGGACACCUCCCCAUCCACAGAGUCUCCCACAGGGGCCAUUUACAAGCUCUGAAGAUCCUGAUCCCUGUGACGACCUGUGACGCAGUGUAUGAGAGUGGAAUGAGCCCCUUACACUCUGCAGCUGCUGGUGGUCACACACAGUGUCUAAAGGCCCUGCUGAAGGCAGGCUAUGACCCCAACUACAUGUUGCACCCCUGGGUCCGGCGUAACUAUGACGACCAGCGGAAGUCUGCCCUGUACUUUGCUGUGUCCAACGAUGAUGUCCCCUCGGUCAAGCUGCUGCUGGAGGCUGGGGCCAUGCCCAACCAGGACCCUGUCAAGUGCCUACAGGUGGCUCUGAGGUCGGGAAACCUGGAGAUGAUCUACGUCCUGCUGAGGUUCGGAGCCAACGUCAACUACUUCUCCCGCGUCAAUACCACCCACUUCCCCUCCGCGCUGCAGUACGCUUUGAAGGACGAGGUUGUCCUGCGCAUGCUUUGUAACUAUGGCUACGAUGUCCAGCGCUGCUUCGAGUGCAACUACGGUGAAGCGUCCCAUGUUCCUGAUGACUAUGAGGGCUGGACAAAUUCUGUCAUCAACGACUCCAUGUUUUGCGAGGUUAUCUCAGUGUACUGGUUGAAAGAACACUCGGGACACGUGGUGCGUAUCAUGAUGGAUUACGUCGAUCACGUGACCUUCUGCUCGAAACUAAAGGCUGUUCUGAUGGAACAAAAGCAGUGGCCUGAUAUCUGCAAAGUUCAAGAGAACGCUCGCUGUCUUCAGCAUCUCUGUCGUCUGAAGAUCCGUAGCUGUCUGGGCCGACUGCGUCUCAGGGCCCCAGUGUUCAGGCAUUUCCUGCCUCUACCCAACCGGCUCAAAGAUUACAUCCUGUACCGGGAGUAUGAUCUCUUCAGCCAGAAGAUCCUAGUGGGCUGACUGGAAGAAGUACAUGGAGGAUGAGCGAAGAAGAUAGGCCUACAUUAACAAUUAGUCAGUGACUCAGCAAUGUUAUUAGUCAGUUUUUUUACUCUCAGGGGUGCCGUCUCUUAGGGUCAGGGUGCCCGACGUCGAAAUCUUGUGAGUAUUUUUUGGAGGAAGGGGGACACAUCGAGGCUGAUUUGUUCAUUGUGGCUAUAGCCCCCUAGCUCUACUGUAAUUCAAACCUUGCUAUUAGUCUGUCAGGCAGACGAGCUGAGCUCACUCACAUCAGGUUAAAAUAGUUUACUGUUAUCAUCAAGUGGAAUUUGUUACUUUUCACCUAAAAAUGAGGGUGGGGCAGGGGGGGAUUGAAGAAUUUUGGUCUGUUUCAGCAUAAAA